AUUGUCCAUCUGUCCACCAUGUCCCCCAAGAAACCAGAACCAAAGAAAGAUGCAGUGAAAAUGUUGCCAGAACCAGAAACAGCUAAAGAACUGGACUUUGAUCCACACAGCAUCAAGAUUGAGUUCAGCUCCGAUCAGAUUGAAGAGUUUAAAGAAGCAUUUCAGCUGUUUGACCGAACUGAAGAUAAUCAGAUGAAGAUAUCGUUUUCUCAAUGUGGAGACGUGAUGAGAGCUCUUGGACAAAAUCCAACCAAUGCAGAAGUCCUUCGAGUGCUGGGACGACCCAAACCUGAGGAAAUGGACAGUAAACUGAUGGACUUUGAGACUUUCCUGCCGAUGCUGCAACAUGUCGCUCAGUCAAAAGACAAAGGGACGUACGAGGAUUUUGUGGAAGGCCUCCGAGUUUUUGAUAAAGAAGGAAAUGGGACAGUGAUGGGUGCUGAGCUCAGACACGUCCUGGUCACUCUGGGGGAGAGGAUGGCAGAGGGAGACAUGGACAAGCUGCUGGCAGGACAGGAAGAUGCUAAUGGAUGUAUUAACUAUGAAGCUUUUGUGAAGCACAUCAUGGCUGGUUGA